GCAGCGGAAGAGUUUCCGAAAGCAGUCGACAUUUGGACGCCAGCCUUUACGCAUCGCGAAGUUCGUCAGGGAAAUAUUAUUAUAAAGGAGAUACCAUGUCUAAAACGGUGUUUAUCAUUGCAACUAUUCUGAUUUCCGUUGCGCUGUUGACGCAGGCAGCUGAAGACAGCCAUCGGCCACACAAACACCACAAACGUCAGCAUUCCCAGACAGUGGGUCAGCAUAAUUCCCACCUGCCGGAGCAUGCCAAGCAACAUCUGCACGAUCUAGUUAAAGAGAAAUCGAAUCAUGGCCCGGUUCCUGUGCCAAUGGCACCACAUCACUCCAAGGCGAACCGCCAUGGAAGACACCACAAGGAUGGUCAGAGGAAGUCACAGAAGGGUUCGAGGUCAACAAAGGGACAUCAACAGCAUGUGAAAGAUGCCGUUCAUAAAGUGCAUCAAGCCCAUGGAACACACACAAGGAAACAUGGUCACGGCAGAUCGCACCAUUAGAGGCAUAAAGCAUUUGCCAAUAUUUUUUAUAUAAAUUGACCUCAAUCAAUCAUAACUUAUCUUGUAAAUUAUAUACUUUAAUGUAAUUCCGAAACUUUUUGAUGCCACUUGAAAAUAAAAGAAAAGAAAACCUUUUAA